AUGUUGAGCAUUCAGGAGAUGGCCUCUUCUGCUUACCUUAGUUUCACAGUGGAGUCUGAGCGUGAGAGAGAGGAAUGGAUAGAAGCAGUUCAGGAGUCCAUCGUAGAGACGUUGUGCAAUUAUGAGGUGCUGGAGAAGGUUUGGUUCAACAUGUCAAACAGGAAGUGCGCUGAUUGUCAGGCUCCUGAGCCGGAAUGGGCCUCCAUCAACCUCUCGACAGCAGCAUCCAGCAUAUGGACCAACGAGCUCAUUGAGCUGUUUUUAGACGUUGGAAAUAAAAAUUCCAACAGCUUCUGGGAAGCAAAUCUUCCCCCAGAGGAGGAGCUAUGCAUGCAGCCAUCACUGGAGCAGCGUGCAUCCUUUAUUCGCAGGAAGUACAAAAAGAGAAAGUACAAGAAAGUUCUAGAAGGUCUAAACACUCAAGAGGAACUCAACAAGGUGUCGCUGUGUGCAACAGUAGUUCUCCCUGACAUCCUGCAAACCAUGGCGCUGGUUUUCAGCGGGGCGGAUGUGAUGUGUGCAACCGGUGACCCUCAGUACUCCACCCCAUAUCUACUGGCUCAGAAGGGCCAGAGGCUGCAGAUGGAGUUUCUCUACCACCACAAGCUCUCAGACCUGGUCCGUCCGCUUGUGUACAUUUGGAAGGUGGAUUCCUUAUACUAUGAAAAUGAGAAGAACGCUACAGCCAUAGGCCGCGUUGAUGUCAGCGAUGUGCUGUACCAGUCCACUCAUAUGGAGGGUGAUGAGAAGAUUCAGGUCUUACUCAUGGUUGAGACUCCCCGUGGGAGAACUGUGUACAUACAUGGCAUAACAAAGCAGGAUUUUGCACUGUGGCAUUCUUCCAUCCAGUUUGGCAGCUGGGACGGGACGGUAUGGCUCUCUGCAAACCAGCAGUUGAAUAAAAAUGGAUGUUCUAUCAUUGUGGAUAGCUGCAUUGCUUUUGUCACCCAAUAUGUUUGUGUUAUGAGGGGAAUCUACCAGAAGAACGGUGACCCGGGCCGUGUGGCCCAGUACCUGCAUGACUUUACCAAGAACGCUCGGGUUGUUAAGCUAUGGGCUCAAGAGCACCGGCUAGAGGACGUCACAGACACACUCAAGAGCUUCCUGUCUCACCGUGAAGAUGCUCUAUUGGCUAAAGAGCUUUACCCUUUUUGGAUCUCUGCCCUUGAUGAACAGGAUGAGAAGGUCAGAGUGCAAAAGUAUUCAACCUACAUUCAGAGUUUACCCAAAGUCAACAGGUUUAACACUUUUAUUCCCAUAUUUAUGCACAUAUAUCUGCACAGGAUCCAGAGGUGCUCGCAUAUCAACCAGAUGAACACACAGAAUCUGGCAUGUGUUUUCUCCUCGUGCUUGUUUCAAACGGAGGGACACACAGCUCAGGAGUCCCGCGUGGUGGAAGACCUCAUCAACAACUACACCCAGCUCUUCUCUGUCAGUGAAGAGCAGGUUAGGCAAAUGGAGAAAGAAAACAGCUUUAUCACCAGGUGGAAGGACACCACAUUCUCUCCUGCUGGUGACCUGAUAUUUGAAGUCUACUUAGAAAAAAAGGAGCCAGAGAAGUGUUGUUUAAUCAAGGUGUCUCCUAGCAUGAGGUCAGACGAGCUUGCCAUCAGCACUCUGGAGAUGAAGGGGAUGGAGGUCAAAGCUCAAGAUCUCUGGACCACUUUUGAGGUCAUUGAGAAUGGAGAGAUGGAGCGGCCCUUACACUACAAAGAGAAGAUUCUGGAGCAGGUAUUGGAGUGGAGCUCUCUGGAGGAUCCCAGCUCGGCCUUCCUGCUCAUUAAGAAAUAUUCUGGUUCUAAAAUGACAGAUUCCAACUCAGAUAAACUGAAAGAUUUCAUUAAAGGAGAGCAACUCAAAUUCAAAGACGGUUCUUCCAAACUGCUUUUGGGGAAUAAGUUUCAGGAUCGAUACCUGGUACUACAAGACAAAAAACUGCUAUUAUACAAAGACAUAAAAAGUACCAAACCAGAAAGAGAGGCUCCAUUAAAGUCUGUUAAAUGUUACUUAGGGCUACGAAGGAAGUUGAAACCAACAAGCAGUUGGGGUUUUACUGUUUAUACUAAAAAGCAGCAGUGGUAUUUCUGCUGUAAAGGGAAUGAAUCUCAGCAGGACUGGGUCACCUCCAUUAUCAGAGUGAAGCAUGCCAGUGACUUAUGGCCUAAAGACCUAAGGCAGAGCGCAUCGUUACCUUAUAACCUGAGCAGAGGAAGAACAUCCACUUACAGCACUGCAAAGACCAGCACAGCCAGACAUCAGAGAGAGGCUAAAGGGAAGUCAGUCCUCACUACAAGUAUAGAAGGUUCAAAUACACAAAACCAAAUGACCUCAGAUGUGAGCAACCAACCGGACUUGACGCAUAAAUUGGCAAGCUGUGAAGGAACUCCAAGUGUCUCCGGGCUUGAAAUGGUGAUUGAUGACACACUCCAGUCUCUGCGUAGACCAUCACUUCAACAAGACCCCAGUGCUCUCACCCAGCUAUCACACAAGAAGGCUGUGUUGCCCAGCAGAGGUGCGCAGUUGCCACAAAACCUCAUUAAUGAACUAAGUACUGUUCUCAACAAAACAGGACGCUUUCCGAAAGAAGACAAUUAAGAGAGACAGACAGAGACAGAAA